AUGGGCAGCUGUGAAGAUCGAUUUGCAUGUUUUCACUUAUUCCCACGCAGACCGCCGUCAUGGCGUGAGGCGAGCGGAGUCUCUGAUGGUAAAGGACAAAGUAGGAUAAUACACGGUCUCGCACUUACGACAAUCGUACAUAUGAAGACUACUUCCAAGUCCGAAAGGGCUCUGGGGCGAGAUGAGCAAGGUCCUGCCAGGGUGCGGCGAAGGGCCCAACGUAUUCCUGAUGGGAAAAGACUAGGCAUGAGCAUCGCGCAGAAUUUACCGGUGGCACAAUCAAGGCAUCGUCAUCUGACUCGCCACGUGCCAGAUUCAACAUUUGGAGUUUUGUCCUAA